CAUGAAUUCGACAUACUGUUAGUGGUCAAAGAAACGCCACACCACGAUGGCGAGAGUUCUGUUGUUUUUAGUUUUGAUUAUUUGCCUUAACCAAACUCAUUCCACUCCUGAUUACUACUGGAGAGAAUACACUGGACAAAUUCCCGAGGACGCGGUAGAAGGUGGCAAAGACUUAAGAGGUAAUCCCACAUACAUAGGUCAAGCUUUUGUCCUACAUCAUGGAAUUUUAAUUGGAACUAUCUACCCCGGUCAAAAGACUCUUACCACGUCUAAAGAAGGAAUCCAUGUAACAAGCGUAGGAAAUAAGAUUCUGUGCAGUCACCACAAACACAAUUUUGAGUGGGUACCUGGACAAGCGUCAACUUUGCAUAUAACAACCAUCAACAAGCACUUAGUACCAGGUGGAAUAGAAUGGGGAAAAGUCCUCAACAUCGGCCGCAUCAAAUAUCAAGGUGAAUUAAUUGUCGGGAAAGUUUGUUCUGGGACUAUCGGAAGGGCCAAACUCUACUUUCCGUAUAAAAAUGAGGAGAUCGACGUCAGUUCGUACGAAAUUCUUACAUACAAAGAAAACGAUUCAAACGUUCCAGUUGUUUAAACUAUCUUUUCUAGUAUUAAAUUAAUCGAUAGAAAAUAUAA